GAAACCGACUGCACUAAUUUUAAUCAAAUAACAGCUGCAAGCAUUUUGCAAAAAGUCACAAUGUACAAUUUUCCUCAUUCUUUAUUCCGAAAACAUUGCCACUCGCCUGUUCCUAGCGAAUCACACUAAGCCGCCCCUUUCAUUCUUUAUCUCCAUGUCUCACUUGCACCCAUCGAGCCACAUUCUUCUAUUCCUCAAAAAGGGCUUCCAUUCCCGAAUUCUUGCCUCCAAUUAUCUGAUCAGGAAAGGAAUCGACAUCUUCAUUCCCAACCCACCUUCCACAUUUUCCAUCUCGAUCAUCAUUCUCCACCAUGGAUAAUAAUCACGGUACUAAUCGGCCUGGUACCGAAAACCACGAUAUACUGACAGGUCACGUAUUGAAGCCCAGUAAAUUCCUCAGCGCGUUGAGAGUUUUACAACUUCUUCUCGCGCUUGCGAUAUUGGGGUUGGCGGGUUUCGUGGUGACAUUUAUUGGGUAUUCCGGGGCGAUUUUGGAUCUUUUCGUCGUAUGUUCCUCUUUCAUCUAUCUGUUCCCCGCCCUCUCUUCUUCUGUUGUAAAAUUUCUAACAAAUGUUCCCGAUACAGGCCAGCGCAACAAUUCUCAUAAUCUUCUAUAUUCUUGUUUCCACCCACCGUUUCACGGUCAUCUACAACUAUUGGGCCAUCGCCUGCCUUGAUAUAUUCCUCGUCAUCUUCUGGCUCGCGGCCUGGAUUACUUCCGCCGUGCAAGUACGUCGUUAUCGUGGCCGAUUUAAUUACUAUGGAUGCGGAUAUUACUUUUGCAGACGCGAUCUGUUGGAAUUGGAAGAGCGAGAUGAUCUGAGUGAUGCUUUGGAGAAGAGAGCUAGUACUAGCUAUUCUACUUUUAGAGGGGUGUAUAUUGCGGCUGCGGUGUUAGCUGCUAUUGAAUUGUGAGAUUGCUUCUUUCACGUUUCUCCAUAUCAUUACCAUUUUCCCUUCAUCCGUGCGAGAAGUUUCAUCAGAAUAGAGGGUGGAAUUAAAGGGCCAUAGCUAACACUAGCCCAGCGUCCUCUUCAUCGUCACCUUCGCCGUUACCAUGGGUAAAAUCCUCUCUCAUCACGACGAAGGCCAUCACAGCAAUGCCUUCCCCAGCAAAAAACAUACAGCAAUGGAAAUGCAAACGCCGGGGCAAACAGGUCAUGUAGGACAAGCAGGUCCUAUGCAAACUGGUGCUGCAGGUCCAAAUCCUGCAAACCCUGUUGCUCACCAGGGCGUGAAUGAACCGGAAUAUUCAGGAAACGCUGCUCAGAGAGUUUGAGUGCAUAGGGAUGAGGGAAUAUGUGACAUACGUCGACUGAAUAAUUUGGUAGAAAAGUGCUGUUUCGUUAGGUCUUUUGUUCUGUUUGCUGGAAAUUAGUCUUCUGGGCCGCGCAAUCCAAAUCCAAGCAUUGUCGUCUUUUUUCGAUUUUUGGAGACAAGCUGUAUAUGAUCAACAUAGUGAAAUGAUAAUUUGUAAAAUUUCCCGUCCAUCAUGAAUUCUGAGUAUGUUUCCAAUUUUGCUCCUUGAACCUAAUUCUCGAGGUGAAAGUAGAGGAUUAAAGCUGGUUAUCGGGAUACAGCGCAUUCUUGUUUGAGCCAUUGAAGAUCUUGCGACCAUCAUCUCUUGUUUUUCAUUGACCUCGGCAUAAUGAAGCGUACGUAGGAAUAUGGAUUUCGAUCA